GUCCUGAUGAAUCCGGAUACGACGCUUGAUUGGUCAUCCUGGCUGCUGCCUGUCACAGGGAAGGGAGGACAACAUUUAACAACAUGGAUGAUUGAAAAUACCUGAGAAUUCGACACAGUCUUGGAUAACAGCAAACUGCAAACAUGACAAAUGUGUACUCGUUCGAUGGGAUUGUGGUGUUUGGGCUUCUGUACAUCUGUACGUGUGCGUACCUCAAGAAGGUGCCUCGCUUAAACAGUUGGCUACUUUCUGAGAAGAAGGGAGUGUGGGGGGUGUUCUAUAAAGCUGCAGUGAUUGGGACCAGACUCCACCAUGCUGUGGCUAUAACCUGUCUGUCGAUGGCAUUGUACCUUGUCUUCUUAAAGUGACAGCGUCAGGCUGGACUGGACUGAGAUGGACUGAUCCAGGGCAGGCUUGGCUGGGCUUUGCAGAGCUGGAUUGGGCUGCACUGGGUUGCCACCCAUGGAAACUUAGGGCCGUGUUCCCCCAGAACACCAAUUCAUUCACCCAGUAAUCUCAAAGGACAUGUAUAAAGGACAAGCUAAUACUGCCCCCAGGUGGUGAUAAAGAUCCCAGUCACUCUCUGCACUCUUCUACACCUGUGUGCGUCCCAAUAACAUCUCCUUUCUCCUGAAGUGAGCACUCGUUCACUACACCCCACAAAUGUAAAAGCAUUGGAUUGGGGUUGGCAUGGGGCUAGGAAGUUUCCAUAUACCAGUGAUUUCUGUUCAGAGAUUAUGAAGGGGAGUGUUCAAGUGCACUCUUGGGGAGAAAGGAGAGACGACUGGGACGCAGGCGUUGUAUCCAUCCCUGCACGACACCGCCGUCACCCAGUUUAACCUGUGUUUACUGUACACAUCCCAUUAGAACACGGUUUGUCAAUCUAUUCUCCAGGGGCACAUUUUUGUCUUAGCUCAGCACUAACACAUCAUUUCCCUCCAUUUCUUUUUUCACACCAAAUACACACACAACAAUUUAUAGACAAACACAAACAACUACUACAUUUCCCCUGCCCAGACCCGCAUGCUUACACACCCAUCCCUAGUGCCUGCAUUGUUUGCCACAUGGCCUGAAACGGCACCAUUUUGUUUCUCUGUAGCCCACGCACUUUCAAUAUUGAAAUAAUAAAUCAUCGAUUUUUCCAUUGUGUUAA